AUGGGGAACGGUGGCUCCGCGGUGAAGGUCUGCACGGAUCACCAAGGAGGCAUCAACUGGCUGAGCCUGAGCCCCGACGGGCAGCGCCUGCUCACAGGUAGUGAGGAUGGCACUGCGCGGCUCUGGAGCACUGCCGACAGCCAGUGCCAUGGCCACUUCCAAGGACAUGAAAGUUACAUCACGUUUUGCCACUUAGAAAAUGAGGCUGCCUUUACCUGUAGCGCAGAUCAUACCAUUCGAAAGUGGGAUGUGAUGACAGGUCAGUGCCUGGCCGUUUACCGAGGACACACAUCAAUUGUUAACAGGAUCCUGGUUGCCAAAAACUAUCUCUUUAGUGGCUCCUAUGACAGGACAGCCCGCUGUUGGAGUGUGGAUAAGGAGAAACAAAUCCAGGAAUUCCGGGGCCAUCGGAACUGUGUCCUGACUCUAGCUCACUAUUCCUCCAGGGAUGUUCUUGAAGAAGAGGAGGAGGAAGAGGAGGAGGAGGAGAAAGUGAGCAGAGACCUCCUGGUGACAGGUAGCACAGACUGCACUGUUAAGGUCUGGUGGGUGUCCAGUGGGCGCUGUUACCAGACUCUGCUGGGACACACUGGGGCUGUCUUAUGCCUUAUACUUGACGCACCAAACAGGGAGCUGUUUUCUGGCAGCACGGAUUAUACCAUUCGAACAUGGAAUAUUGUCACUGGUGAGCAGUUGAAAGUGUUCAAAGAGCAUCAAGGAUCAGUAAUUUGCCUAGAGCUAGUGAAUCGGCAUUUGUAUUCGGGAAGCGCGGACAGGACAGUGAAGUGCUGGUUAGUAGACACUGGGGAGCGAAUCCAAACGUACAAGGCUCACAAACACAGCGUUAGCACUUUGAAAUACCACGCUGGGAUCUUGUUCACAGGAAGUGGUGAUGCCUGUGCAAGAGCUUUCAAUUCCAAGAGUGGUGUCCUGCAGAAGAUCUUCCGAGGACAUAAGUUCAUCAUCAACUGCAUCCAGAUCCACAAUGAGUUGCUCUACACAGCUUCCCAUGAUGGCACGCUAAGGAUUUGGGACAUCCGGGGAAUAUGCAAGAGAAAUAAGCGGCGUUUGAAGAAGGAGAGGUCUGCCCAGGGCAGGAGCUCUCAGAAGGGAAGUCUGUCUCGUCUCUUCAACAAUAAAGUUGGCUGUAUGGUACAGCAAGAAAAUGGGGAACACGAGGCUGUUGAACUAAUGUGA